GUAUAAAUGAAAGGAUGACAGAAGCGUCUGGGCCUUGUGAUGGAUAUCUCCAGGGACACCCCAGGAAACUUGAACUAAGCUGGACGCUCCAUGGACCAAACAAGCAAGUUGAUUCUUGAACCGGGAAGGAAAUUGAAAGACGUCACACAACAGCACAGGGGACCAGGAGAUGUCCAUUCCCCCAGCAGGUCUGCUUUCAAGUUCAGCAUUUGAAGGUAACUCACGAGAAGAUGCUGUUCCUCCACUUCAUUAGGAUCAUUCUGUUUUCUUUGCAAACUGCUCCAUCACAGGGAUCUUCCGAAAUGUCACAAAAGCUGCCACGGAUCUUGGCAUCUCCUGGAGACACUGUAGACAUCAGCUGCAGCCAUCUAGAUGGAUCUUCACACUGGACAGUGAUUUGGUACAAGGAGAACGAAGGCAAAAGCCUGCACAAGAUUGGCCAGAGUUCUCGGUACUCAAAACUGGAAGGCAAAUACUCAAGUAAAGGGCACAAGCUGAUCAUCAGGAAUGCCCAAAGGAACGACUCUGGAGUGUAUUACUGUGCUGCUAGCGCCGGUCAGAAUUUCAGGUUCACAAGCAGGACUCGGCUGAUCAUCUCUGAUCCUUCUAGGCCAAGUCUUGCCAUCUUUACGCCUUCCUCCCUGGAGGAGUCUCAGCAUCACAACAGCCUCCCCCUCCUCUGCGUGUUCGACAGUGCAGACCUUGAUUGGGAUUUCAUCUCCUGGAAUAUUAGUGGGGAACCAUCUCAGGACCGGAAUUUUGUGGACAUAACAAAUGAGGAAGGAGACGUCAGCAUUUGGAGUUUGAAGCUGAUUCCUCCAGGGCCAGAGACCGAACGGGUGUCUUUUACUUGCUCAGACCCGGAGAAGAAACAUACCAGUUUUGGCACAGCCCCAGCAACCCCAGCGCCAACCUAUUCAGAGAACUGCUUUCCCACAUUAUAUUUUGGGGUGCCCUGUGUCGUCCUCCUCCUAUUGACCUCACCCGUGAUCCUACUCUUCAGAAAGCGUCUUGACAGAGGGAAUGCAGAGAAACCAGCACAUCAAAUACCCCUGGGGGAGAUCCCAGAGGUAACUCUGGCUUUGUGGACUGAAGUGUCAGAAAGAUACGCCUCACUGUAUUGUGCAGAAAAGACCCAGUAUGCAGAACUACCUUGCAACAAAUGAAAUCUGGUUGGAACAGACGGAUAAAGUCUGGUUGUCAAGGCUUUUAUUGCAGCAUUCUUUUUAAAAGGAGAGCUGGAAAGAGAGGAAGAGAGAAAAGCAAAAUGGAGACUUUGAAAUCGUUUAACUUGCUGAGUGCAGAUGCUUGUAUUAAAGACAUU